CCAUGAGAACCAUUUAGCUCUGUAACCAUCAUUUGCUUUUAUAGCUCUCUUGAGUCUCUCUCUUCUCUCUCUCUCCCGGCCAUGGCUAUGUCUUUUUGUUUUAGAUCAGCUCUUCUUCUUCUUUUACUUCUCCUGGUUCGUACCGAGUCACGCGGUCGGUUCGAGCCAAAGAUCCUUAUGCCGACCGAGAAAACUAAACCGGUUGAGCAAGAAGAAGCCGCUAUCGGUACGAGAUGGGCGGUUCUCGUCGCCGGUUCCUCCGGUUAUGGAAACUACAGGCACCAGGCCGACGUGUGUCACGCAUAUCAAAUACUGAGAAAGGGAGGUUUAAAGGAAGAGAACAUAGUAGUUUUAAUGUAUGAUGAUAUCGCAAACCAUCCACUUAAUCCUCGUCCCGGUACUCUCAUCAACCAUCCCGACGGCGAGGAUGUUUACGCCGGAGUCCCUAAGGACUAUACCGGUCAUGACGUUACGGCCGCUAAUUUCUACGCGGUACUUUUAGGUGACAAGAAGGCGGUUAAAGGUGGAAGCGGUAAGGUCAUCGCUAGCAAGCCUAACGAUCACAUUUUCGUAUAUUACUCCGAUCAUGGUGGUCCUGGAGUUCUUGGGAUGCCAAAUACGCCUCACUUAUAUGCUGCUGAUUUUAUUGAAACACUUAAGAAGAAGCAUGCUGCUGGAACAUACAGAGAGAUGGUUAUAUACGUAGAAGCAUGCGAAAGCGGGAGUGUAUUCGAGGGUAUAAUGCCAAAGGACUUAAACAUUUACGUAACAACAGCUUCAAAUGCACAAGAGAGUAGCUACGGAACAUAUUGUCCUGGCAUGAAUCCUUCUCCCCCAUCCGAAUACAUCACUUGCUUAGGAGAUUUAUAUAGUGUUGCUUGGAUGGAAGACAGUGAGACACACAAUUUAAAGAAAGAGACCAUAAAGCAACAAUACCAAACGGUGAAGAUGCGGACAUCAAACUAUAAUAGCUAUUCUGAAGGCUCUCAUGUAAUGGAAUAUGGUAACAAUACUAUCAAGGCAGAGAAGCUUUAUCUGUACCAAGGAUUUGAUCCGGCCACUGUUAAUCUCCCUCCCAACGAAUUACCGGUCAAGUCACCAGUGGGAGUUGUUAACCAACGCGACGCAGACCUUCUAUUCCUUUGGCACAUGUACCGAACAUCAGAAGAUGGGUCAAGGAAGGAUGAGAUAUUGAAGGAAAUAACCGACCAAAUGAGGCAUAGGAAGCAUUUAGACGCAAGUGUUGAAUUGAUAGGCAUGAUUCUGUUUGGUCCCACGACGAAUGUUCUUAACUCGGUUAGAGAACCUGGUCUUCCUUUGGUUGACGAUUGGGAAUGUCUUAAAUCGAUGGUACGUGUAUUUGAAACGCAUUGUGGAUCACUAACGCAAUACGGGAUGAAACAUAUGCGAGCGUUUGCAAACGUUUGUAACAACGGUGUCUCGAAGGAGCUGAUGGAGAAAGCUUCCGCUGCAGCAUGCGGUGGCUAUGAGUCUCGCUUCAUGUCGCAUCCGUCUAUUGUGGGUUAUAGCGCCUGAUCAUAUAUAUUGAGGGUUUUCAUGAUCGUUAAGUGUUUGGUUGUUUAAGAUGAUCUCAAAAUAAAAGAAAUGUUUUUUUUCUUCUUUUGAUAGGUUAGUUGUAUGUAAAUACGCACGUACGUAGCAAUAAGGUGUUUCUUUCUCUUUUUUUUUUUGGUUUGGGUUUUUGUAAUAUAUUUCGAGUGUGAGUGUGUUACCAUGGGGAUAUUUUAAGUUUAUAAUGUC